AUGGAUGCUGUUAUAAAUAUUGAAGGACCGGAUCUUAAUUUACAGUCACAAAGUGAAAACGAAAAUAAUAAAUUCGAAACUAAAACAAUUAAUAACCUUCCUUUUCAAAGUAUACAAAAUAAUGUUUUAACAGAGUCUACUUCAAGUAUUAUUUUAUCGCAAACGCAUAUUACCCCUUUUCAAAAAAUAUUCGCGGCAUGUAGUGGAGCUUUAUUAACUUCACUAUUUACUACUCCAUUUGACGUUGUUAAGACUAGGUUACAGUCUCAAAGUAUAUUCAACGGAUCAUCACUUUUAUUAUAUCCUACUUCCACUUCUUUAAAAAAAUGUUGUCGAAAAGUCUUCUUUUCUACGCAAAAUUUAAGACAAGAAUUUUUAUGUCAUUUGGAUUCAUCUCAUGUUACUUCUAAUCAAGCAUCGACACUCAGUUGUUCCAUAACAGAUGCAUUAGCACCCAGUCGUCAAAUAACCGCGAAUCAACAUCUCAAUGGAUCAUUGGACGGGGUUAGAAAGAUCGUUCGUUAUGAAGGAAUUACCUCAUUAUGGCGAGGCUUAUCACCUGCACUAGUAAUGUCUAUUCCUGUUACCGUAAUAUAUUUCGUAGGUUAUGAUUACUUGAGAGAUUCAUUAUGGUCGAAUUGGAAAGGAAAAUAUUCCGAAACUUAUUCACCAUUGAUCGCUGGAGCAACAGCAAGAACAAUCUCUGCUACAGUGAUAUCUCCAUUAGAAUUGUUUCGGACUAGAAUGCAAGGACCUGAAGGUGCAAAUGGUUUGAAAGAGGUUAUGAAAGGAGUUCAACAAAUGGCAAAGAUUAAUGGCAUCUCAUCAUUAUGGCGAGGUUUAGAGCCUACUUUAUAUCGUGAUGUACCAUUUUCUGCUAUUUAUUGGGCUGGUUAUGAAUUGACAAAAAAACAUUUAAGUAAUUAUAUGCGUGAGAAGAAUGUUGAUGGCAGUAUUAAUAGUUUUGAAAUUGCAUUUUUAAGUGGCGCUGCUUCUGGAUCGGUUGCAGCUACAAUAACAACACCCUUUGAUGUAGCAAAGACCAGAAGACAAGUAACGUUGAAUCAAACGAAAAGGCCAACCAUGAGCAGAAUCUUGAGACAAAUUGUUCAGGAAGAAGGGUAUAAAGGAUUAUUCAGAGGAGGAACUCUUAGAAUUUCUAAAGUAGCUGUCAGUUGUGCACUUAUGAUUUCAACUUAUGAAACACUUUCUAAAAUGUUAUAA